UACCACGUCCACAGGAGCGACCGACGCACGGGCGUCCGCGAGCCGGCCAUCCUCAAGCGCUACACGGACUUCCGCGAGCUGCAGACGCAGCUGCUCGACUCGUGCCUCCGCGUCGCCGCCGACAUGCCCCGGAUCCCAAAGCCGCACCUGGGCACGGUACUGCGCGGCUACAAGAGCAAAAGAACCAUCGAGGUCCGCGAAAGGGCCUUCCGCGCGCUGCUGCGGUACAUUGCGCAGUACCCGGCACUGCACGGCAGCGCCAUCUUCGAGAGGUUCAUC